ACCAUGGAAACGAAAAAGGCCUCUGACACCGGAUAAAGUUUGGAUCCCAUCAUUCAACUUCCGGGUCAAAUAUUGCGCAUGAAGUAAAAGAGCUGCUCGCAAAUUCAUUUGGGCGAACUUGUCGGCCCACUUAACCGUGUGAAAUGUCCCGAGGCUCCAGCGCAGGGUUCGACCGACACAUCACCAUCUUCUCUCCCGAAGGAAGGCUCUAUCAAGUCGAAUAUGCUUUCAAGGCCAUCAACCAAGGUGGGCUCACUUCAGUAGCAGUCAGAGGGAAGGACUGUGCCAUUGUUGUAACACAAAAAAAAGUACCGGACAAGCUUCUGGAUUCUGCCACAGUGACCCACCUCUUCAGGAUAACGGAUAGUAUUGGAUGUGUAAUGUCUGGGAUGACAGCUGACAGCAGGUCCCAAGUCCAGCGAGCUCGCUACGAGGCAGCCAACUGGAAGUACAAGUACGGAUAUGAGAUUCCAGUGGACAUGCUGUGUAAGAGGUUGGCUGACAUCUCACAAGUCUACACGCAGAAUGCUGAGAUGCGACCACUGGGCUGCUGUAUGAUCAUGAUCGGCAUAGACGAGGAGCACGGCGCCCAGGUGUACAAAUGCGACCCGGCAGGCUACUACUGCGGCUUUAAGGCCACCGCCGCCGGAGUGAAGCAGACAGAAGCCACCAGCUUCCUGGAGAAGAAAGUGAAAAAGAAACUGGACUGGACCUUUAAACAAACUAUUGAGACGGCGAUCUCUUGUCUGUCCACCGUUCUCUCAAUUGACUUCAAGCCCUCUGAGCUCGAGGUGGGCAUUGUCACAAUGCAGGACCCCAAGUUCAGGAUUCUGACGGAGACUGAAGUGGACGUUCACCUGGUGUCCCUGGCGGAGCGGGACUGAGCGAGAAGAGAUGCGUCAGCUGUCGGAUUAGGAGAGAGCAUGAUGGGAAUGCAGUUCCCGGAUGGAGGCUGGUAUAAUUGUUGUUUGCUGUAUAUUCACCCCACCGUUUCAUUCAACAAUAAAAAAAAAAAAAUAGUUUUUUGAGUAAAAUAA